AUGAAGAAAAAGCAAAAGCGCGAGAAACGAAAGAAACACAAGACAUCGAAGACGACCAAAUCGAGAAAAAGAGAGCGCUCAAAGAGGAGUCCAAGCAGCAGCAGUGUCAGCACUUCAAGUUCAUCUUCUUCUCCAUCAUCAAAGCCGACUAAAAAACGAAGCAGAGAUUUCCCUCCGAAGCCAAAUGAUUCAGAUAGCACCGUUCCCCUAGACUGUUUGCUUCACAAGCGAAAUCUUUUGGCGGAGAUAGCCGUGAAUUGUUUGGAUGCAGGCAAGCUCGCAAGCAUGAUUCCAUUUUGUCUGAUUGAUCGGACGAAAGAAGAACUUAUUCAAAAAGUGACUGAAGAACUGGAGGUAAUGUCCAAGAAGCGGAUUUGGCAGCGCUUGAAGGAAAAGAGGCAUCGAGUAGUAGUGAAUCGGAAGAAUCGGAACAAGAGGUCAAACCUGAAG